CUUUCCCGUCUCCAAUUCCACCUCUCUUGCCUUCUCCAAAAACCUCUCUGACUCUGCUUUCUCACAUGGCAGCUUAUCGGUGAGCAUAAUGCAAAAACAAACUCGGCGUUCAGCGGUUGUUUGCGAGGCGGCGCCACAACGAAAGGCCGAUUCGGCAGUAAAGAGAGCACGCUUGGCUGAGAAACGCCGCAUUUACAACAAAGCCCGCAAAUCAGAGAUAAGAACCCGAAUGAGGAAGGUAUUAGAAGCUCUGGAAGUGCUUAGGAAGAAAUCCGAUGCGCAAGCUGAAGAAAUAGUUCCUAUUGAGAAACUAAUUGGAGAGGCAUACUCAGUAAUUGACAAAGCAGUGAGAGCAGGCACGCUACAUAGGAACACCGGAGCAAAUCGCAAAUCUCGACUUGCCAGAAGAAAGAAAUUGGUUGAGAUCCACCAUGGGUGGUAUACUCCAGCAGCUUCUGAAGUGGUUGUAUGAAUUCAAUUGUAUGAUUAAUUCACAUGGGAUUUAAAAGAGGUGCCAGUGACAAUUUCUGCAGAUUAUUUUUCUGCUCUGGUCAAAUAUUGCUUUUAGAUUUGCUUGGUAUUGGUUUUGAUGUUCCAUGUUUAAAUGUACUAUCAUCAUCAUGUAGAGUAUUGAACAGCUGCUUCAUAAUUAGCCUUUACUGUAACAUUUUAUUGAUUACAGUAAAUCCAGUUCCUCCCAAAACCUGAUGAUUCUCGCGAGCACCCAAAACAAGAAUAUAUAAAAAGGUUAUGUAUGUUUCAAAAUA